CCUGGCCUGCGGUGGGGUGCCUGUGGUGAGGUACCUGAACUCGUGAAAGCGGGCUGUUGGCUGGAACCGCCGCUGUUGGCGUGCCGGCACUGGAGAAACGCGCCAGCUGCGGUGUUCUCUGCUUAGUGCCUACGGCACGGGUCAGAUUUUUCCAUCCGCCUUCGCGGUUCCCUCCUCUUUGCGGGUUAAGUCACCUUUGGGUUUCAAGACCUUGGAGUCUGAGGCUCAAACUCGGGACGAACCCCCCACCUCGCCUCUUUUCCUCAUCCUUCAUCCCUCCCUUUGCACCACGGAAUCACCUGGGCUUGGGCUGGUUAGCUUGGCAGUCCCUUGAGGUCAUAUUCGGGUGGUGAAGGUAACCGCGGGGAAAGCGCCCUCCCAGUGGACAAAGACGGAGGCAAGAAUAAAGCAGGCCUGAGGGCUGCAGACGAAGAGAAUAGAUUGCGUUUGAGGGGGUGAACAAACUAAAAUCAACCAAAAACAACCAAAAAAAAAAAAAAAAAAGUACUGCGGAUUUAGAAGGGCCUGGACAGGACUUGUUGCACGAUGGAAGACUCUGAGAAAAAGAUGGAGAAAGAGAAUCUGGGGCCGAGAAUGGAUCUUUCGCUUGGGGAACCGGAAGGAUCUCUUGGGUGGGUGCUACCAAAUACAGCCAUGAAGAAAAAGGUGCUUUUGAUGGGUAAAAGUGGGUCUGGUAAGACCAGCAUGAGGUCUAUUAUCUUUGCAAAUUAUAUUGCCAGAGACACCCGUCGCCUUGGUGCAACAAUACUAGACCGUAUACAAAUUAAUAGCAGUUUGAGCACCUACUCUCUCGUAGACUCUGUUGGAAAUACAAAGACAUUUGAUGUAGAACAUUCUCACGUUCGAUUUCUGGGAAACCUGGUACUGAACCUGUGGGACUGUGGUGGACAAGAUACCUUCAUGGAAAAUUAUUUCACUAGCCAACGGGACAAUAUCUUCCGAAAUGUGGAAGUUCUGAUUUAUGUCUUUGAUGUGGAGAGCCGUGAACUAGAAAAGGACAUGCACUAUUACCAAUCAUGCCUGGAGGCCAUUCUGCAGAACUCUCCAGAUGCCAAAAUCUUUUGCUUGGUGCACAAAAUGGAUCUGGUACAGGAGGACCAACGGGACCUGAUUUUUAAAGAGCGAGAAGAAGAUCUGAGACGUUUGUCUCGCCCAUUGGAAUGUUCUUGUUUCCGAACAUCUAUCUGGGAUGAAACUCUCUAUAAGGCUUGGUCCAGCAUUGUUUAUCAGCUAAUUCCAAAUGUUCAGCAACUGGAAAUGAACCUAAGGAAUUUUGCUGAAAUUAUUGAGGCUGAUGAAGUACUUCUGUUUGAGAGAGCUACUUUUCUGGUGAUUUCUCACUAUCAGUGUAAAGAACAACGUGAUGUCCAUAGAUUUGAGAAAAUCAGCAACAUCAUUAAGCAGUUCAAGCUGAGCUGCAGCAAGCUGGCUGCUUCUUUCCAGAGUAUGGAAGUCAGGAACUCUAACUUUGCUGCUUUCAUUGACAUCUUUACAUCUAACACUUAUGUGAUGGUCGUGAUGUCUGAUCCAUCCAUACGAAACCUGUUCAACUGUGCCCCGGGUCAGGACACAUGGCGCCCAGACAAGGGACCUGAGUAUGAAGGAUCCGGUGAAGACCACCUGAGAAAGGAUGGCAGAGAAUUGUCCAGGAGGGGUGGCAGAGAAUCAUCCGGGAGGGGACAGCAGAGAAUCGUCCCGAGAAAGGAUGGCAGAGAAUCGUCCUGCCUUUAUGUUCCCAUACCCGCAGCUACAGCUGCCGGCUCCACUGGCUUGGGUUAUUGUGCCAAGUCACUGAGGGUCUUAUCUCAGACCAACUAG